AUAAUAUUAAAAAGAAGCUCUCGUUGAGAAGGGAAAGAAACAUAAAGAGAAAGAAGAUGGUGAAACAAUUAUGUGAAACCGUGGAGGUUGCUCACGUCGAACAAGCCGUCGAAAAACAAGAGUCGUCGCCGGAAAAGGAGAAGGAGAAAUCCCGUAAGCAUAGAGGAAUAUUCCACCUUCACCAUCACUCAAAAGAUGAGAAAGAAGAAGAGAAGAAGAAGAAAGGAUCAAAGAGAGAGAAGAUAGCUAAAGCAAUGGUUGGUCUUGGAACCACCCUCAAGAAGAUUAAGCCUCGGCGCCACCGCGGAGGAGGUGCAAAAGAGGAACAAGAAGGAGGAGGAGAAGAGGAGGAAGCAGAAGAAGAUGAGUCGUUGGAGGAGGAAGAAGAAGAAGAAACAGAAGAUUGUGGGGAAGAAGAAGAGGGAGGCAAGUUUAGUGCUUUCAUUACAAUGAUCGCCGGAGCGUUUCAAGAAUGAAAAAAUGAUUUUUGUGUUGUAUUCAAAAUUAAUUAACGUGUGUAAGCUUUCUCUUCUAUGCAAACUGUGAAAAGGGAUGUUAGGUUAUAAAAAGGUUUAUAUGUGAAUAUAUUGUAUGUAAGGGGAUAUAUAUAUAACUACAGGAUUAUAAUA